CUUAUUGUUGUUGCAAGCACUGAUGGAGUAGGCCAGUUAGGACACGCUGCAAAUGUGAAAUAAUUUGGUAGGCUAAUGUGCUAACAUUGCCUUAAUUUAGGCCUACUGACAGUAGGAUACAUUCAGUUUCGUUGAUGUUUCUUUUUAACGACAGUAAAAGCAGAGAGUGAAUGACCAUUAAGUUUUGUUGUCCUGCUCUGCUGAUAAAUGAUAUAAUUUGGAGUUAUCUUGCUUGCUAGCAUUAUGUUGUUGAUUCGUGUGACACUAACUAUUGUGGGUUAGAGACUGGGAUUUUCAGUUCUAGCUUACUCAUACAGACAUGUUGACAUACACAUAUUCAAGGGCUGAUCACACUUGUUGCAUUUUAUUUAAAAAAAAAAAAAAAGACUUAUAAUUGAUGCACGUCACCAAAGGUGCUAAAAGCCCAGAUGCCUGCACCAUGUUGUUUAUUCUCAAAAUUUUGAUUUACGUAGACAGUACAGUGUGUCUUCAUUGUGAACGUAUGGGUUGCCCAAAGUUGCACUGGAUGUUUUUACAUUUAUCCACCACCCUGGACACUUCUGUCUGCUUGAAAAUUAUAUAGGCCUAAAUAAACAGAAUAUAGGAAAUCACAUGAUGUCUGCACCACUUGACUGGAGGAGAUCCUGCAACAUGUCAGAAACAGUGAAGUAUGUCGACGAUGAGCAUAAAACCAUCUUUCUGAAGAUACUUAAUGAGCAGAGACUGGAAGGUGAGCAUUGUGAUAUCGCAGUGGUUGUUGAAGACGUUAAAUUCAGGGCACACCGCUGCGUCUUGGCUGCCUGCAGCAAUUACUUUAAGAAGCUGUUUAAGAAGCACGAGGUGGACAACUCCUCCGUGAUUGAGAUUGACUUUAUUCGCUCAGAUAUCUUUGAGGAGGUGCUAAACUACAUGUACACAGCUAAGAUUUCCGUGAAGAAAAAAGAUGUCAAUUUGAUGAUGUCCUCAGGGCAGAUUCUGGGGAUCAGGUUUUUGGACAAACUCUGCUCUCAGAAGCGUGACUUAUCUCCCCCUGAGGACAAGAGCGACCACCUGAAUGCCAAGUAUGCCUACGACAUUGUCAAAAUCACCAUCCCCACUGAAGAGUCACAAGAGAACCAGGACCAUGAGGUGCAGGUACUGGGAGACCAGGACGACACCCCAUCUGAUGAUAUGGUGGAGGAGUCUCACGUGAACCAGGAUCUGGACAAAUCUCCCAGCAGCACCCUCAGGGUGCAGGAAGCCAUCCUCAAGGAGCUGGCCACUGAGGAAGUCCACAAAGUCAGCUGCUAUGACCAGGAUGUGGAGGCAAUGGAGUCGGUGCAGAAGGACCUCAGUGGCCACGCCCCCCAGGGUCUCACGUUCGCCGACAGCAUCGGGGAGGUGAAGGACGAGCAACCGCCCGGGUGGACCACAGCCGCCAGCGACAUGAAGUUUGAGUACCUGUUGUAUGGGCACCGGGAGCAGCUGGCCUGCCAGGUCUGCGGCAAGACCUUCAUGGACGAAAACCGCCUGCGGAAGCACGAGAAGCUGCACUCGGCCGAGCGGCCGUUCAUCUGCGAGAUCUGCACCAAGGCCUUCACCACCCAGGCCCACCUGAAGGAGCACCUGAAAAUCCACACGGGCUUCAAGCCCUACCGCUGCGACGUGUGCGGGAAGUCCUUCAUCCGAGCGCCCGACCUGAAGAAGCACGAGCGCGUCCACAGCAACGAGCGGCCCUUCGGCUGCCAGAUGUGCGACAAGGCCUUCAAGCACAAGUCUCACCUGAAGGACCACGAGCGGCGGCACAGGGGGGAGAAGCCCUUCGUCUGCGGCUCGUGCACGAAGGCCUUCGCCAAGGCCUCGGACCUGAAGAGACACGAGAACAACAUGCACAGCGAGCGCAAGCAGUUGCCUGCUAGCGCCCUCCAGAGCGAGACCGAGCAACUGCAGGCCGCAGCCAUGGCAGCAGAGGCGGAACACCACCUAGAAUCUAUCGCAUGUCAAUAACACCCCCUGCAGGGAGCACUGCAGCAUCACUCUUAUUUCUUAUUUCUCACAGAAAGCCCUCUGUUCCACAAAUUAGUUUUUUUAAAUGUUUGAUUUGUACUCCUAAAAAUAUAGUGGGGAGACUGGGUGUUUAAUUCUAAUUCUAAUUCUAAUGAUCAAAAUGUAUAUUAUUUGUAUUUUGGACUUAUUUCAUAUCGGUUUCUUUGGGUUUAGUUCCAGUGUUUAGUGAUAUGGAAUUCUUUAUUGACAGUGUAACUAGUUAAAAUACGGGGCAGAAUAUCCUUGAAGUACAAUAGAUCAUACCAAAGCUGUGUGGUAUAUUUCUAACAGCCUCUCUGGUUGGGCUGUUUUGCCUUAAAUUGGUUUACAAAAUGCGUGCUGUUAUACAGUGCCAUUUUCUAUCAUCUUGGAAUCUGUAAAUAAUUUGUAGCAUUAAUUAAAUCAAAUUUGCUUAAUGUAUAGAUUGAUAACAACUGCAUCUUCAGUGUUUUCUGUGAUCCCAAAAUGUAUUUUAUGUGCUAGCUGAGGUGAGCAAUGGGAAUGAACAGUCAGUAAUGUGAAACAAUAUUACUAUAAAUUUGUUUGCUGUUAAUAAACACAUUAACUGCGGUCAA